AGCCAACAAAUUAAUCAUGGGGCCGUUAACAUCAAUGCUGCUGGUCGCCGCGCUGAUCGCCUCACAAACCAAUGCUGCCACUUGGACGCAAUGCAGAUAUUCGUACGGUGAAGAAAAUAUACCACGAGGGUCAUCAAAUGACUAUAUCGACUUUUUACACCUAGACAGAUGCGGCAUAAGCAACCUAACGGAGGAGGAUUUUAUUGGUCUCCCUAAUUUAGGUAUGAUUAGGAUAAGCCACAAUGACAUACCUUACCUGGAUCCGGCCGUAUUUCGUGGUGUGAUUCGAAUGAAGACCCUACAUUUAGAAGGAAAUAAUCUUCAAACAAUGCCGGUCUUCGGUGCACAUUCAGUGCUCCCAAAUUUAACAUCCCUGCACGUAACUGGUAAUGAAAUAACUAAAUUAGAAGAUCCAAGAACCUUCUCUUCAACAAAACAGUUGGAAUUUCUGUGA